CGUGCUAACGAGUUAGCCGGCUAGCUACCGCUAUCUGGUGUGUGCGCGGUGGAGGUGAAUUACAUAUGAUAUAGAGUAAUAAUCCAGCAUAUACUGUAUUUUAUUUUUAGGCUAGCCAUCCACGUAAUUUAAUUAUGCCCAGCAAAAAGAAGAAAUACAACGCCAGAUUCCCUCCGGCGAGGAUUAAGAAGAUUAUGCAGACAGACGAAGAAAUAGGCAAAGUGGCUGCAGCAGUACCCGUUAUUAUUUCGAGAGCCUUGGAGCUGUUUUUGGAAUCGUUGCUUACAAAGGCCUGUCAAGUCACCCAGUCCAGGAAUGCAAAGACGAUGACAACGUCACAUUUAAAACAGUGUAUUGAACUGGAGCAACAGUUUGAUUUCUUAAAAGACCUGGUGGCAACUGUGCCGGACAUGCAGGGAGAGGGGGAAGAGAACCACACAGAGGGGGGAGGAGAAAAAGUCCCUCGCAGGGGUCGAAAACCAGGAUCUGGGCGCAAGAAUGGAGGGGCAGGCUCCAAAGGGAAGGACAAGAAGUUGUCUGGCACAGAGUCGGAGCAAGAGGAUGACUCUGAAGACAGCGAGACAGAAGGGGACGAGGAUGAUGGCUCUCAGUCAAGCACAAAUCUACAGGCUGCAUCCAGAUUCCACAGCUCAAACGCGGCCCCCCCGUACAUGCACAUGGGCAACAUGGUCUCAAUGGGCAGCAUGGCUCCAGCACAGCCCCAAGGCGGCAUGGCCUUCGCCCCCCACCCCUCCAUGAUGAGUGUCGCACCGCCUCCCCCAGCCCCCGCGCCGCACAAAAACGAGGAUGACGACGAUGAAGACUAUGACUCUUAGCUCCGUCUGCCCGCCGCCUCCACCACUCGCUCUCUCACACACACACACACACACACACACACACACACACACACACACACACACACACACACACACACGCUCUUUCAACAUUAUUUUCAAUUUCUUAAGUUGUAAUUGCGGCGGCCGCUCUAAGCAGAGGAGGGAAAGACUCUUCAUCGCAGCCCACUUACAGAAAAACCCUCAACAGCCGGCUGUAGAAGAGACCGCCGCAGGAGACAGAAAACUGGUUGUAUAUUAUGUGUUUUAAUUUUCUUUCUUUCUUUCUUUUUUUUCUUUUUUUUCUUUUUUUUUUUUAAAGGUUUUAUUUUACUGUAGGAGGAGAAUCCAACACGGAUGUUUUUUAACAAGUCAGUCGUUCUAUUUUGGCUAUUAAAAAUGGCAGUCGUCACCGUUUUUGCCAUUAGCCCCUGCAGACAGGAUAGGUGUGGUUUGUGUUGCCUUGUAGCUUUUUCUUUUGGCACUUUUCUUUCUUCCUCAAUCCUCUGUCGUAGACAUGAUGAAGUGAACUUGUCAGUCAUCAUGCAAACCCUCAGGUUGGCUGAAAAAUUCUGUAAGUGGUAGUUAAAGCCUUAUUACAGCCUUUGGUGCUCAUACAAAGGCAGUUAAUUGAGAUGAGUUCAGGGCAACAGCUUGUUAAGUAUCUGAAAGGUGAUCAGCACUUGUCUAAGGGAAAGGGAGGUCAUUGUCUCACCCAUGAAGUGUUAUAUUACUCUGUUAUCUAUUGGCUAUGAAUUACUGCUGUUAAGAUGUGAGCCCUACUUCUGGGCUUUGCCACAACUUGCUAGUCAAUUCAAUUGUCAGCCUGUAACAUAAACAAGGAAGCAGGUGUAUUUUUACUAUAGGUUAGCUAGCCACAGCUUUUUUUGAAUUAGUUUCUAUUUUUAAUUCAUGUUUUUUAUCAAGAGAACUGUAAACUUCCAUGACCACAACCAUAUCAGCAGGUUAAAGAUUUACAGUGUUGUUAUUUUUGAUGCUGUCAGGCAUUUAGACCUCCUUUAUUAUUUUAUACGACCAUUAAAUUCCCCCGAAUUGCCCAUCAGAAGUAUACUGUGACUGUUGAACUAUGACUUUGUUUUUAAAGGUGUUUGUCCCCUCUAAUUUCUCCUCUGGCCACCCCUCCAAUUUUGAGUAACAUCCUCCUUUAUCUUAGAUUGUUUUAGAUGUAUCCAAUGAAAGCAGAGACGGGGCUCCCCAUUUAUAUGUCAGUCUCAGUAUGAAAUGUUUCCAAAUAGACAGCUGACACUGUAUUGUAAACUUUUAACAUUCUUUUUAUUUUGUAUGGGUGAAAUAAAGUUCAUAUUUCAAUUA